CCCCGCAUCCGAGAAAAUCGAUUUUCGCAAGACGUCUUCCGGCAAUACUGGGAUUGUGCAGCUACCAAUAGGUUCUUUGUGCAGGCGAUAGCAAUGAAUAACGCUGCUCCAGCUGUAGCUCCUGCGCAGUGCUCAGCGCGCUUUGCUGUAAGUUUCUCGGCGCUUCAAACUCGCAGAGCUGACCACUCAUCCAUUUCUAGAUGCUCGCGGGAGCUGCCAAAAUGUGCGGCUUGUAAGCCCUGGCCAGGAGAAUGCGUGUAUCCCAAGGAUAAACCUCUUAAGACAUCUAAAUUGAAUACAUUCGUAGUGCCAAUUGCGGAAGCAGAUCCAGUAUCGCCUGCAAUCGGAAAACGCCUCGCCCGCAUAGAAGAUACUCUGCUUCACCUUACGGCGAAUAUAAAUGAGCUCCUUCUUAAAUCAUCGGUUGACGGUGAUCAAUGUAUAGUCGCCAGUCAGUCGCCCGCCUUCAAGCACAAUUAUAGACCCACACCCCAUUUAGGUGACAACGAUACGGAUCAGCUUCCAUUAACCGUCGAAGAAUUCCACACCUUCGCUACCUUGGAGCAGGCAGAGCAUGAUUUGCAGGGCCUUGCUUAUAAAAUGGGGUCUGGAAACGUGCAAUCUCAUCAAGCUGCGGCAGCCAGCUUGCAGGAGCUAUCGAAAGAUGUCAGGGCUACUCGACUAUAUGAGCAAGAGAUAAAAUCACAUAAUGACGAGAACGGAAAAGUAUACUUUGUCCCUUCUAAAUCAGAAGGAUACCGUCUUAUGAGCUGUGUCCUGGAAGCCAUGGAGCUUGCAGAUAUUUUAACCGUCAAGCCUUCAGAUGAGGUCCUACAAGCUAUAAUAUUCAGACCCGAAACCGUAAAAGAGCCGGGCUGGCUUGUUUGGAUCAACUAUCUCCUCCUCAACCUCCAUAUCGGUGAGAAACCACAACCUCAUACCUCUCUCAUCGAUGGUUUAAGGCACAAUGUGCGCCGCGCACUCAACAAGGCGAGCGUAUUCCUCGAGCCGAGAGAGAUCAAUGUGCAGGCCCUAAUGCUACUAGCUUGCCACGGAGAAGACUUCUCAUCUCCCAACGUAUCGUGGAUGCUGAUGGGCCAUGCGUGCCGACAAGCACAGGCGUUAGGGCUUCACAUUGGAAAGGCAAAGACUGCUAAUGAGAAUCAGCGCCGGUUAUCAUUAUUCUGGAGUCUUUUCAUCAUGGACAAAAUCAGUUCUUUAGCGUUUGGCAGACCAACAUUACUUCCGGCCGGACUAUAUGAAGAUGUGCCCAGUCCAGAGUUUCAGCACCUCCGGAGAUAUCAGCCGCAUAGACUGGGAUUACCCUUGCUGGAAGAGUCUACUUUUGGCGCGCAUUUCUUCCGUGCAAACAUGGAUUUGGCCAAAUUGGCUGACCUCGUUCUUGACUUUCUUUGCAGAGUCACCCCAUCACUCGAACGCGAGGCGCUCAUAGAGAGAGUCGAGGCUUGGGGUACCAAAACAAGACAAGCUCUCGAGGCUGCACGAAAGUCAGAACUAUGUUAUGCAACCGAGCACCACGCCCGGGAGAUGUCACUCGGCAUCGACGCAAUGCGUUUCCAGCAACUACAUAUCCUUCUUUUGCUGUCUCAAGGCGACCAUUCAUAUUCAUCACGUAAAGUAGAGACGGCGAGGAAAAUUCUAGCUCUGCUCUCGAACCUUGUGUCUAAUUCAAGUCAUGUCUACAAUGGAAUCGUAUGGCAACUUUUGUAUUAUCCAUUUGCAGCGUUCGUGGCGGUAUUCAAUCAUGUUACAACGAACCCGACAUUACACAGCUCAGAAAGCGACCUUCGGCUCUUAAAUGGUGCUGUCUCAUACUAUCAUAGUAUGAAUAGCGAAUUGGGCUGCUCGUCCCGCACGUCCCUCAAACUUGAGCACACUGCCAACCUCCUUUACGACUUGGCCUCCUUUGUCGUCGAUAAAUACUCUAGGUCACAUAGCAGUGUUCUAGGGAUGACAUCUUUGACAGUACAUGAUCAAUCGCCUAUGAAUCAACCAUCCUUCAUCCUUGAUAGUGGUUACGCCACUUCAUUAGCAUGUUCCGAUCAGUUCAAUGAAUUCUUUCAAACUCAGCACGAAUCGAAUGUCAAUUUGUCAGCCGAAGAUAUUGAUACUAUCUUGGGUUGUUUAGAGGGAUUUGAGACGGGCAACCCCAAGGGGCGGAAAAGGACCUUUGACAGCGCAUUUGAUUGGUUCGCUUGGGACACAACACCAUUUGACAGCAAUGCGCUCUUUGAAGACUCG